CAACACCAUGAUGUUUUUACACUCCACGUGGGAAUUGCGUAAAUCUUAUCCAACGACUUUUUUGUUGUUUUGUUUUCUCUCUCUCUCCCACGUUUAUCCAAGAAAAAAGAAAAAAAAAGAAGCCGUCGUGAUCGGCCAUUUCUCGGCCGAGUCUGAGUCUGCGUCCGCGUCACCAUUAUCGCCCUCUCUUAUCUCGUCGCGAUUCCCUAUGCAAUUUUCUUUUUUAUAUUCCUCAUUUAUUUACGUCUCUCUCUCUCUCCCUUCUCUUUCUGAUUUCUCCUCUCUUCCCAAGUAAACUCUCUGCUUCACGUUUCUUCUUGCUUCUCGAUUUUGUUCUGACCUACCAAGUCACAGGCUCAGUUGAAAAACAUUAAAAAUAAUCCCGCAAUGGAUAUAAGUAACGAGGCCAAUGUUGAUCCAUUUUCAAUCGGACCAACGUCGAUCAUGGGUCGAACCAUCGCUUUUAGAGUCUUGUUCUGCAAAUCAAUGAUACAGCUAAGGCGUGAUCUCUUCCGGUUCUUGCUGCAUUGGUUCCUUAGAUUGAAGCUGACCAUAUCGCCGUUUGUAUCGUGGUUUCAUCCUCGGAACCCUCAAGGGAUCUUAGCAGUUGUCACAAUCAUCGCCUUCGUGCUGAAACGAUACACGAACGUGAAAAUGAAGGCGGAGAUGGCUUACAGGAGGAAGUUCUGGAGGAACAUGAUGCGCACGGCUUUGACUUAUGAGGAGUGGGCUCAUGCUGCUAAGAUGCUAGAUAAGGAGACGCCAAAGAUGAACGAAUCCGAUCUUUACGAUGAAGAGUUGGUCAAGAACAAGCUCCAGGAGCUUCGUCAUCGCCGCCAAGAAGGAUCACUUAGAGACAUCAUGUUUUGUAUGAGAGCUGAUCUCGUGAGGAACCUCGGUAAUAUGUGUAACUCGGAGCUUCAUAAAGGUAGACUUCAGGUUCCUAGACAUAUAAAAGAGUAUAUCGAUGAGGUCUCUACUCAGUUGAGGAUGGUCUGCAACUCUGACUCAGAGGAGCUUUCUUUAGAAGAGAAGCUUUCUUUUAUGCAUGAAACACGGCAUGCCUUUGGUAGGACGGCUUUGCUUCUGAGCGGUGGGGCUUCUCUUGGUGCGUUUCAUGUAGGUGUUGUUAGGACUUUGGUUGAGCAUAAGCUUUUACCUCGGAUAAUCGCCGGUUCUAGUGUUGGAUCCAUAAUCUGUUCGGUUGUGGCCUCAAGGUCUUGGCCAGAGCUACAGGGCUUCUUCGAGAACUCUUUGCAUUCUCUACAGUUCUUUGAUCAGCUCGGAAGCGUUUUCACAAUCGUGAAACGUGUUAUGACACAAGGCGCCCUGCACGAUAUCAGACAGUUGCAGUGUAUGCUUAGAAACCUCACCUGCAAUCUCACAUUCCAAGAAGCUUAUGACAUGACAGGGAGGAUACUCGGGAUUACCGUUUGCUCUCCAAGAAAGCACGAACCGCCUCGGUGUCUUAACUAUUUGACUUCGCCUCACGUGGUUAUAUGGAGCGCAGUGACUGCUUCUUGUGCUUUCCCCGGUCUCUUUGAAGCUCAAGAACUAAUGGCUAAAGACCGGAGCGGAGAGAUCGUGCCGUAUCAUCCACCCUUCAAUUUGGAUCCAGAAGAAGGCACUAAAUCAUCUGUACGCCGGUGGAGAGAUGGCAGUUUGGAGGUUGAUCUACCGAUGAUGCAGCUUAAGGAGCUCUUCAAUGUCAAUCAUUUUAUUGUGAGCCAAGCCAAUCCUCACAUUGCGCCGUUACUACGUCUAAAGGAUAUAGUUCGAGCUUACGGUGGCAGAUUCGCUGCUAAGCUUGCGCAUCUAGUGGAAAUGGAGGUUAAACAUAGAUGCAACCAGGUGUUAGAGCUCGGUUUUCCGCUCGGUGGACUCGCUAAGCUUUUUGCUCAGGAGUGGGAAGGUGAUGUAACAGUUGUAAUGCCUGCUACUCUUGCUCAGUACUCGAAGAUCAUACAGAACCCGACUCAUGUCGAGCUUCAGAAAGCGGCUAACCAAGGGAGAAGAUGCACAUGGGAGAAGCUUUCAGCGAUCAAAGCAAACUGUGGGAUCGAGCUUGCGCUUGAUGAGUGUGUAGCUAUCCUUAACCAUAUGCGCAGGCUCAAGAGAAGCGCCGAGAGAGCAGCUAAUGGCGGCACGUCAUCGUCUCAUCACGGAUUAGCUUCAACCACCAGAUUCAAUGCUUCUAGAAGAAUCCCAUCUUGGAACGUUAUUGCUCGAGAGAACUCAACGGGCUCACUCGAUGACCUCGUCGCUGACAACAAUCUGCACGCGUCUUCGGGAAGGAAUCUAAGCGAUAGUGAAACCGAGAGCGUGGAUUUGAGUUCUUGGACAAGAACUGGUGGGCCUCUGAUGAGAACAGCUUCUGCUAAUAAAUUCAUUGAUUUCGUUCAGGGUCUCGAUAUCGACAUUGCAUUGACCAGGGGAUUUAGUAGCAGUCCUAAUUCUCCAGCGGUUCCUGGCCCGUUUAGUCCAAGCUUUAGCCCGAACUCGAGAUCCAUGGCAGCUCACUCCGAGAGUGAAUCUAACAGCAACAGCAGCAAUCUUGGAGCAAACACUUCAAGCAUAACAGUUACUGAAGGUGAUCUUCUACAGCCUGAGAGAACGAGCAACGGGUUUGUUUUGAACGUAGUUAAAAGAGAAAACUUUGGAGUGCCUAUCGGGAAUCAGAAUACUGAGCUACCGGAGAGUCUGAGAGGUCGCUCUCUCUACAACCGUGGAAUCUCCUUCCUCGUCUCUUCUUCCUUGAGGAGUCUUAGUACGGAUUCGCUUCUUUUGAACUCCAACCAAACCACUGGUGAACCAUUGGUGAAAUCAGAGCUCGAGGCCUUAGUUCUCAAGCAAUACUCCCAUGGCAAGUUCUAUAGUCUCGUCAAAAACGCCGUUGCUUUUCCCUCCGUCCUACUCGCCGCCUGUCAGAACCUGUCUCUUGCUGCAAACUCGGGCGGUUCGUCCACCGAGUUAGCCGACCGCGUCUCCAGGAGGUUCUCGAUCGAAGAAAUGGGGCGCGAGAUACGCGAGGGCAGGUUUGAUAUCCGUUCCUGCUGCGUCGAGUUCAUCUCUUCAGGGGAAAAUGAACGUUGUGAAUCUCUUCUCGUCCUCCCCAAUCUAAAACUGAAAGUGCUGAUUGAAGCCAUAAGGAUGGUUCUAGAGAUUGUGUAUGAUGAUCGAUUCGCGACGUUCUCGUACGGUGGGCGUGUUGGUAUGGGUAGGCACACAGCGAUUCGUUACCUGAAAAACUCGGUGGAGAACCCACGCUGGUGGUUUCGUGUUUCGUUUGCUCGAGAGAUGUUCGAUGAACGGAACGUGGACAAACUGUGUGGUUUCGUUGGAGAGAAAAUCAGCGAUGGCUUGUUGAUUGAGAUGAUAAAGAAGCUGUUUGAGUUUGGGAUUCUGCGAAUCGAACUUGGUGGAUGUAACAGUGGAAGAGGAUUUCCACAAGAAUGCGGAUUGUCUUCGAUCUUGAUCAAUGUUUACUUUGAUGGACUUGAUAAGGAGAUUCAAGACAUGAGGCUUAAGAUGAAACUGAAGAAUCCUCGUGUUGAUACGGGAGAGGAGCAAUCGAAAGGUAACGUUUUCUUUAAGCCGGUAAAUAUUUACGCAGUUAGGUAUCUGGAUGAGAUACUUUUGAUAACAUCUGGCUCGAAAAUGGUGACUAUGGACUUGAAGAAGAGGAUUGUAGACAUUUUGGAACAGAGGCUAGACCUGAAAGUAGAUAGAGUGAACACGGCGAUUCAUAGUGCAGUGUCAGAGAAGAUAAACUUUUUAGGGAUGUAUCUUCAGGCUGUUCCACCUUCGGUUAUGCGCCCGCCUAUGUCCGAGAAGGCGGUCAGAGCAAUGAAGAAGUAUGAGAGACAGAAGGAAGUUAGGAGACUGGAGUUGAGAAAUGCGAGGGAGAGGAACCGGAAGAAACUGGGCCUGAAAGUAUUUAGACACGUCUUGAAGAAACUCAAGCAGAGCAACGGGUUCAAAUGUGAGUAUGAAAUAGAGAAUGAGGUCAGGGAUGUUUUCCAGAGAUGGGGAGAAGAAGUAAUGCAAGAGUUUAUGGGGUCUCUCGAGGAGCGGUGGAAAUGGCAUUGGCUUCUCACUAGAGGAGAUUUUCUCUCUUUGAGACACAUACGAGAGAAGUUACCACAAGACCUGAUUGAUGCUUAUGAUGAAUUUCAGGAGCAGGUGGACAAACAUUUGGCACCGACUCAGGCUAAAAAGGUACUAGAGGAUGAGGAGAUGAGAGCAGAAGAAGAGGAGAAACAGAGAUAUGCUGAUAGGACAGUUGAGGAUUUGACCAAGUUGUGCAUGAAGGUGUCAGCUCCAGAGGAACUUGUAAGAAAGGCUGUUAAAUUAGUUGGGUUCACAAACAGCAUGGGCCGGCCACGGCCUAUCAGCCACCUUUUAGCUCUUGAGGAUUCCGAUAUCAUCAAAUGGUAUGCGGGUGUAGGGCGUAAAUGGCUUGAUUUCUUCUGCUGCUGCCACAACUAUAGGACGGUCAAAAUCAUUGUAAGUUACCAUCUGAGGUUCUCCUGUAUUUUGACACUAGCGGAGAAGCACAGAUCCACUAAACGUGAAGCUAUUAGGCACUACACGAAAGACCUCAAAGUGUGUGACCAUCUUUACGGGAGCGAAGAGGUGCAUUUUCCAUUGGAAAGAGAGGUGAAGAUGAUGGGGGACAAGAACCUUUCAGACCCGAGACCUGUGGAUGGGACACUGUCUUUGCUUUUGAUCAGGCUUGCAUCUGAUGAGCCAUUGCAUUCUUGUGCUGCUAGUUUCUGCGAACGAUGGGAUACAACCAUGUACCGUGUACAUCUACUGCAAAACCGUCUGCAGAUCAACCCACUAGACGAAGAGAAAUGGGUUUGUGGUAUGGGCACAAUUCACCCAGCUUUGAACCGGAAAUGUCUUCCUUUGUGUUCCACUCACAUCAGUGAUGUAUACUUGGGUAAAAUGACUCUUCAGGAUGUGGAUGGUACUUCAUUCAUCGAUCUCAGGUGA